AUUCUCCCCAAUAUUAAGAAUUAGUGUUUAAUAAUACUCUGGGACCGUUUUCUUAACCUCUUAUGAGUGACCCAUUUAGCUUUGUUGUUGAAGUUGUCCUCUAGGGGAAUUCUUCUAACCUCUUAUUUGUGUCCCUUCUAUGUUUGGUUAUCCUCUUUCUUCUGAUUCUCUUGCAUUUCGUUAAAUUCACGUGAAGACAACAUUUAGACAAAACUUUUUGUUUGUUUCCAUGUACUCUACUUCGUUCAUGUCAAUUCAUUAUUGUUCAUUCUUAUCCUUUUUCAAGAAUAAUUAAUAGCUAAUGACCUUGCACGGUAGCAUUUAGACAAUUAGAUUCAAAUCUUAUACCUGAAGCCUUUUGGGAAUAUAAAAGAGAAUUUUAUGCCGUAGCCUCGAAUUGGCAUUACUAUUGUUAUCUUUUGCAAUCUUCUUCUCCCUUCCCCUUCCAUUUUGGUGCUCCUUAGUAAGGAUAUGCUUCCAAAGAGUUAUUAGUAAUUUAGUAUUAUGUAUGCUACCUCACAAUUUUCAACGCAUAUCUAUUAGUCUGCAUAGUACCAUCCAACUUCAAAUUUUGUUCAAUAUUGUGCCAAUGAACGAGAACAAGGUUGAUUGGGGAGGGUUGAUUCAACAAAGUCAUGGACUAAGUGGUGAUUUGAAUUCUGAGUUUGGUAAUCGUUAUUGUCAAUAUUUUGAUAUCAGACAGCCUUGGAAUAUGGGAUCAUUUACCAUGGUUGGAGGAGGAACAGAACAAUUACCAAACAAUAACAUAGGCUCUGUUAAAUCAUCUGGCACAAUUAUGAGCCGUUUUGAUUCACCAGCUUCUGCCUUUUAUGCUGCUGAAAACUGCAUGGGGUUUGCCGAAUUUGAUAGCCAAAUUGGUGUUCACUCUUUGAGUUCUCAGUUAUGUAAGAUUCAUGAUUUGGAGUUUCCUUUGUAUCAAUCUCCAAAGGAAAACCUUUUCUUGGAUUCAGCAAACCAACCUGACCCCGACUUUGACUUGUCAAACACUCUGCAAUCCAUUGUGAAAUCUCAAUUGAAUAGUGGUAAUCAAUGCAGUAGAUCUCCUGAAAAGUCCAAUAAAAUUUCAUGUGGGAAUUUUCCCAGUUCCAAGAUCCUUCCAAUUGAACAACAAAAGUUGUUUAUUCAUGGUGUUAUCAGGGGCUCAUCAAAUCAGGACCAUAUGAUUAGUUGUGGAUCUUAUAAUUUACCUAAUGCACAGAUGAGAUUCUCUUCUCCAAAUGAGAAAUUAUCUCCAACACUUUCAGGCGGAAGUGUGUCUACUAAUGGGGCAGUGGUAUCAAGUAAAACACGUAUAAGGUGGACCAAGGAUCUUCAUGAGAAGUUUGUUGAGUGUGUGAAUCGCCUUGGAGGCGCUGAGCAGGCAACACCAAAAGCUAUACUAAAGAUGAUGGAUACAGAUGGUUUGACUAUCUACCAUGUCAAAAGUCAUUUGCAGAAAUAUAGAAUUGCAAAAUUCAUUCCAGAGCCCAAUUUAGGGAAAUCUGACAAAAGAGCCCACACAAAGGAUGUGCAUCAUCUUGAUAUAAAAACUGGCUUACAAAUUAGAGAGGCACUUAAGCUGCAAUUAGAUGCUCAAAGGUGUCUUCAUGAACAACUAGAGAUUCAGAGAAAAUUACAGUUGCGAAUUGAGGAACAAGGCAGGGAACUGAAGAAAAUGUUUGACCAGCAGCAAAAGACAAGUAAUAACCUCUUGAAUACUCAGAAUUCAGCCACUGAUGAAACAAAAAAUAGUCAUAAAGAUGGUGAGGUUUGUGUUUCUGAAGGGGCCAACAAUUCCUUCUUCACUUCCAAGACCUCUCCAAGCCCAUAAUUUGAUGGUUAUGUAUAAAAUUAGAGUUUUCCAAAAGUGUACUACUUGUAAGAAACAGAUAGACCACAUCAUGUGAUUUUGUUAUGGUAAGAAUAACAUUGUUGUGUGAAUUAUACAUAAUAUAGACUGCUUACAUUUUAUAUCCUUAUAGAAAGAAGAAGCAUUGUAUUACAUUUGCAUUACUGGGGGAGGGGGUAAUAAACUUUGUAAGGAGAGUUUUCUUUCUUUUUCAGCAA